CGCUCUGAUGUGUUUGAACUGCUCCAGUGUGGAAUUGCAGUAGAGACUUACGAGUGUGAGUGAAUUUUGGCUUCUUUGUGGUAUUCCUUACGAGAUUUAACUGCGCAUUCGCGAUGAAUAAGCUAGGGUUUCCAGGGAUGAAGAGCUUAGAUCAGUUCAGAUCGUUAUCAGGAUCAGUUUCAGGAACCGUGAAGACCUUCUCUCCACCUUCACGGUCGCAAUCUGAUUCAUUUUCAUCGUCAGGCUUUGCAAAUUUGAAGUUCGCUGCAGAGAAAUUGGCUAAAGAACAAGCUUCCGUGAAAACUAGCCUUGAAAUGGCGAAUUCAAAGCUGAAGAAAUCAACAGAGCACAUUCAUUUGCUAGAGGAGAAAUUACAAAAUGCGAUCAAUGAAAAUGCAAAGCUUUCAGUGAAGCAGAAUGAAGAUUCCAAGCUCUGGAACGGACUUGAGUCGAAAUUCUCUUCUACAAAGACCUUAUGUGAUCAGCUCACUGAAACUCUACAGCAGUUAGCUGGUCAGGUUCGAGAUGCUGAGUUGGAUAAGAAACUAUUUGAAGACAAACUGUCUGCAAGUUCAAAAGCUUUUGACAUUUUGCAUCUUCAGAUGAAUGAUCUGUCUGUGAAAUUGGAGUCAGAUGAGAAAACUAUUAGAAGCAGGGAACAAGAGCUUAUGGAACUCAGAAUUGAGAAAGAAGAAAUGGAGAAAACUUAUAGGGAUGAACAUUGCAGAGCUGCCAGCCUCAUAGAGGACAAAGAUUCUGUGAUCAAACAAUUAGAAGAAACUCUUGCUGCUGAAAAGUUGGAUGUUGAUAGUCUUAAUUCUCAGUUGAAAGAGAUGCAUCUUGACUUAAGUUUAAAAGAAGACAUCUGCAAAGUCUUGAGAUCCGUUCAGGAAAGCUUGGAGACAGAAAAGAAUGCUCUUCAUUCUAGCAAUGAAGAAUCUGCCAAAAAGCUGCUUAUAUCGGGUCAAGACAUAAAACGUCUUGAAGACUUGAUUCAUGGAUUUGUGGCAAUGUUAAUUGAAUUGGAUAAACAAAGUCUGACUGUUUCAAACAAAGUUGUUCAGCUAAACUCUGCAUUUGAUGCUUGCUACAAGUUGUCCAAUCAAGAGAAAGACUUGGCCUCCAAGCUUUCUCAACGCCACUUUGAUCAACUCCAUGGUCAGUUUCUGCAUGUUAUCUCAGAAAAAGAUUCCUUGCAAUCAGUCAAUGAAGGUCUAAAUAAUAAGGUCCUUGAGCUGCAAAAAGUUCAAGAAUAUAUGAUGGUGCAGCAUUCUGAGGAAUGCCAUCAAUCUGAGGAGAAAAUUCGGAAGUUGGAGUCUGAGGCAAAAACUCUUGUUUCAAAGAAGACUGAGUUGGAGACAGUGGUUACCGAGCUAGAGGAGAACAUCAAGAAUCUUAUACAUACUUCAGAUCAAUCAGAAAAUAAAAUGCAAGAUUUGUUGCUGAAAAUUUCAACAUUAGAAUCUAAGAACCAAGAUAUUCAAGAGAAAUCACAGGCAAAGCUACUAGAGAAAGCAGACAAAAUAGAAACUCUUGAGAAAGAGAUUGGCAAGCAUUUGGAGCUUGUGGAUUCCCUCGAGAAACAAGUCAGCCAGCUUCAUGACAGUUCAAAAGAGAAGGAGCAGCAACUUAUGCAAUCAAGAGACAGAGAGAAACAGUUGGAAGAUAAAACAGAAGAGAUUCAAUCACAGCUAGAGGUAGCUGAAAGUCAACUUGUAGAAGCAAAAAAGCAAUAUGAUCUGAUGCUGGAAAGUAAACAAUUAGAGCUGUCAAAGCAUUUGAAGGAAAUAUCUCAGAGGAAUGAUCAGGAAAUUAAUGACAUUCGGAGGAAAUACGAGGUGGAAAAGCUGGAAAUUGUUAAUCGUGAAAAGGAAAAGGCAGACAGAUUAAUUGAAGAAAUGGAAAGAAAAUGUGACCUGAAAAUUACAGAGAGCAAAGAAGAAUCGAGGCAGUAUUUGAUGCAUGUUCAGGAGGAACAUGUUGCUUUGAUUAACCGUAUCCAGCUGGAGCAUGAUAAAAAAGAAUUGUGUAUUAGAGCGGACCACAAGGAAGAGCUGAAAUGCAUUCAGCUUCAAGAUGAAAAUGAAUUGAAGGAGAAAACCAGGUUACUGAGUGAAGAACAUGAGGUUCAGAUGGAAGCUUUGAGGCGUCAACAUGAAAAUGAGUGUGCAAAACUGCAAGAAGAACUUGAUCUUCAGAAGUCGAAGGAAGAAAGGCAAAGGGCAUUGCUGCAAUUGCAGUGGAAAGUAAUGAGUGCCAAUCCUCAAGAGGAUCAGGAAGUGAACUCAAAAAAGGAGUACUCAAUUUCAUCAAUUAAGAUGCGAGAUACAGAUGAUGUAAAAAGAAAUCAGCGAUCUCACAGAAGACCUGAGAACAUGGGGAAGCAGGUCACUCAUCAUGAAUAUGAAGUUGAAACGUCCAAUGGAAGAACGAUUAGAAAGCGUAGGAAGACAAGCACAGUCAUGUUUGGGAACCCUAAACAGAACAAGAUGAUAAACACACCGAAACCCAAGACCAGAAAAGAUGUUGAGAAGGUAGUCAAGAGAGGUGGUCAUACUCGCCAUUCAAAUAUAGGUGAUUUGUUUUUAGAAGGGUCCCUGAAUCCUUAUACUGAUGAUCCUUAUGCAUUUGAUUAGAGGUAUUGUCAACUUUUGGCGCUAAGAUUCAUGGCAAAGAUUCUUUUAUCUGCGAGCUGGUUAUAGGUUUCUUUAUCUGCUAGAUGAGAUGAGAUGAGAAUGACAUGCUGGAGUUGGAGACAUUGACAAAGAUUUGAUUUUAAUCAGAAAGACCUCUUACCAAGAUUCUUCUUUAAGUGUUACUGCACCAGCAGAGAUGCUGAGACUUUUCUUAUGUACAUAUUUGUUAUGCUUGCACAACCCUCCCAUUUUACAGUCUCUGGGAAUUAGGAAUAGACACCUGUUCAUAUGGUUGCUGUAAAUACAUCCAGGUGGCGUAUAGAUCAGAAUAUGAACCAUAAACACAACCUCUUUUUACCA